UGAUGGGAACUGAAGUCAGUUCACUUCCCGGACAAACAUGUCGAUCUGAAGAUCGAAUAAAAUCGCUUUUUUCCCCACACAGUGCGAUUCUGCUGAAGGUCACUGAGCUGUGGAUGUGAACGCAGGUGCUCAUGUGAACACAGUCAGCCAAUGACACUCGUGAUCGAGUCUCGCUGUUGCAGGGAAAUUUCUGCAGUCCUGACAGAGAUGCAACGUGUUGGCGAAAAUCCUGAAUGUGUCACACAGCUGAUUCUGGUUGGAUCCAUGGGAGGUGUCUGAAGGCUCCUCCCCUUCCAUCUGGCUCACACACCGGCGUUAACAUGGCCUUGUUGGCUCGAGUCCCUUCCUCUGUCCUCCAGUCUCCUGGGAGGGAGUCGGUGCGGAUCAACUCGGCGGACGUCCUGGCUCUGGAGGUGACACGGGGAGCUGUGGUUCUGCUGCUGUCCAUCACGCUGGUGUUCGGCUUCAUCCCCCUGUGUGUGGUGCGGGGGACAGGGCGGUGCAGCGUGGACUCGGAGUUGCUGGGUUUGGUCAGCUGUUUGACUGGAGGAGUGUUUUUGGCCACCUGCCUGCUAGAUCUGCUCCCAGACUACCUGCAGGGCAUCAGCCAGGCCUGCAGUGCCGCUGGAAUCACCUUGCAGUUCCCACUCCCUGAGUUCAUCGUGGCAAUGGGCUUCUUCUUAGUUCUGGUCCUUGAGCAGAUGGUCCUCACCUUCAAGGACCAGCCUUCUGUCCUCAUGGAGGAGCGACGGGGGCUCCUGGGAGACUCCAGCAUCCAGGCAGUGGACAAGAGCGGCCGGCCUCGCUUCCAUCACCCCCGCAGCGCGUGUGAGGAGGCAUACAGUGGUCACAUCCAUGUGGACUUCAGCUCCCAGGCGGCUCUGCGCGCCUUCAUCCUGGUCUUUUCUCUUUCGCUGCAUUCCAUGUUUGAGGGCUUGGCGAUGGGCCUGCAGGAGGAGGGGAAGCAGGUUCUAGAGACCUGCCUGGCGCUGGUGAUCCAUAAGAGCAUCGUCUCCUUCAGCCUGGCCUUCAAGCUGGUUCAGGACCGCCUGAGGCGUGCCGUGGUGGUCGGCUGCAUGCUGCUGUUCGCUGUCAUGUCCCCGCUGGGCGUCGGCCUCGGAGUCAGCCUGACCAAAGUGUCCCCACAGCACCAGCUGGCCCGCUGCACGCUGGAAGGCCUGGCCACGGGGACCUUCCUCUACAUCACCUUCAUGGAGAUCCUGCCCCACGAGCUCAGCACCGCCCGGAACCGCCUCCUGAAAGUCGCCAUACUGCUGGUGGGCUUCGCCUUGGUGACCGCCGUGCUCUUUAUCAAACUGUAGCACCACAGAGUCCUGGAGCAAGGCAACAGAGUCCGGUCCAUAUGUAUUUGGACACGAUCAGUUUUUAAAUACUGUUAAGUUUGUUGUCUUGGCUUUAGUUUGAGGUUAAUUAUGUCCAAAUCAGACGUUAGAUCCAGGUGUGUGUCCCUCAUUAUCCAGGUGUGUGUCCCUCAUUAUUUCAUCAGUGGAUGAAAAUUCUGGACUAUAUUUCGAAUAUCUCAAAGAUAAACCAGUUAUUAAGAAAUGUGAAAAGUGUGAAGAUGAUGAGGGGAGACAUCAAGAUGUCCGUGAGGGCUCUGAAGGAGCUUCAGCGGCUGAGACUCAUGUCUGCUGCUUCUCCAGUCAGGGAAAGAGAAGAAAAAAAUUAUAGGAAAAAAACUGAAGUUUACAUUUUAAAACAUCUCAGAUCAUCGUAUAAAAAAGUGAGAAAAGAAUCCAGAGUCCACAAUUAGAUCCCGAUCAGGGCCUGUAUCUGCAAAGCAUCUCAAAGCCCUGUCAAAGAGCUCCUAACUUAGCGUAAAAUUUCCUGGCAAGGACUCUUAGCUUAAGAGUGAGCCAACAGGUGUCUGAGAGCAAGUCUGAGCAAGGAGGCGUCAGAAACUUCUAUCUUUGUGAGGAGGCGGGGUUGACCCUGUUAGCUAUGACGCAGUCCUCUAAGAGCUGUGAUUGGUUGUCAUGGAAAGGGGAGGAGAAAUAAAAACCAAAUGCGCUCUGCCCACCUUGUCAUGAAUGGAUAUUAAAAUCAACCGAUCAUAUAACCUGAACUGCAUUAAGACGUGUAAUCGUGAGGAUAACUUAAUGAUUAUGAAAAUGAGCAAAAUUAAAUGAACUGUUACACAGCUUGAAAAUGGUUGAACGAACCUCAUUCACAUGGCGAAUAUCGGUAUAUUAAGAGUGUGGGCAUGCGUGAGUUUUUGUACAUUCAUUGUGAGUACAUAACAUAAUUGUAAAAAUGUUAAAAAUACAUGCAUGACACAAGAAAGUGAAAACACUUAUUUCCAUUGUGGUCCAUUUAAAAAUCAAAUGACAAAAUAGAAGUAAUAAUAAAAUAACAAUAUUAAUAAUACCGAUAAUUAAAACAAUAAUAUUAACAGUAUAUGUAUGAUAACAAGAACCUAAACAAUUUAUAGAUACACUAAGACAGUACAUUAACAUAAUUAUGUAGGUCAAGCCAGUAGUGUGUUACUAACUCACUGUCAUCCUACAUACGGAGAAGAUCUCGCUGUCUUUUCCACCAGCUUCUCUGUUUAAGACACUCUAGGCUUCCUCCUACCUCCUCUUACCAGUUUGGCACCUCAGGAGCCCUCUUAAGGCCUAAGGUGCUUUGCUGACAACUUUCAUUUUACUUAGGGAAAGUUCUAAAAAAUAUCUCAGAAGUCGAGGAAUUCUGAGAUUUUUCUUAGAAUAACGUCACUCUGAGCUAUUUUUAGCCUCAGGCUGCUUCGUGGAUACCGGCCCUGAUCUUUGUUGACAUUUGCUCAGUGAUUUUCUCUAAAGGCAGAGAUUUGUAUUUUAAUGUUUACUGUGAUUUAACACCUAUAUGUUUUUUUUAAGAUCUUAGCUCCACAAAAAGUGGAAUAAACUGUCUUCAUCCAUGAGAACUUUUUUUUUCUGCAUCAGAUUUUCUAAAACAAGUCCACUAACAUUUGGUUGAAAACCUUUCAGAUGUUCUUAUCAUGACAAAUGAAAUUUCCAGCUGAUCAAGAUCAGGAUGAUCUGGAUAUUAAUGAUGAAAGAUAAAAUUCUGUUAAACAAAGUGAAUGAGAUUCUGAAUCAGUUUGUUUCAAACAAAGCUUUUAAAAAGUUACUGGAGUUCUCUGGUCACAUAAGGCAGGUCUCUGUGGCACCAUGGGGUCAUUUUUCAUAUUUAAUUAAAACCUUAUUUUUAAUGGCAAGUUUGAAAAAAAAAAAACAAGCAAAGACUGACGAACAAGUUUUGGGAUAAAUGUCUGAUUUUAUUUUAUUAUGUGUUGGUUAAUCGUCUCAGCUGCUCUGAAUGACGUAAUAUUCGCUGUUCUGUUUGUUGUGCAGUGGCUGGAAACUGUCAACAGGGGGCGUGCUGUGUUUCCUGAAACCCAAAGAUCGUCUGUUGGACAGACGGAUCACUCCAUGUUUAAAAUCUGAGUCCGGCUGUUGAGGCGUCGUGCACGCGCACUGCUUUGGGCCUCAGAAGAUGGAUUUGAAAAAAAGUGACUU